AUGGUAAGAUUGCCCUCACCGUUCCGCAUCAUGUCUCAAUCAUUAAGCACCACCAUCAAAGAUUUGCAAAAGGAUAUGUACUACGGUAACGAAGUACUCAACAGAGUCUCAUUUCUUAGAGAAGACACCGAGUUCAUUUCCAAAUCCCUUUUCCAUCCAUCAACUCGAUUCAUCUUUUUCAACAAGCAGAAUCCAUUGGUUCACAAAAACUUUUCCAAUAUGUUGACGAUUAUGACAAAUGGUGAUAAUCAGAUUUGUGUUGACCAGAUUGAGCCGGGCCAACCAGAUAACAUUGGAUACAUUGGCAAUCUACAAUUUCUUGCCAGGGGAUUAAUGAGCCAUUUACCUGAAUGGAAGGAUAUCUUGCACACUUGGAAUGAAGAUAAUAAGAAUAUGGACAAGGGCUUGCGAAGUGGUGGCAAACCCACGUUUUUAUUUAUGGGGUUACUUGAUGAAUCGGUGGGGUUAGAUAUCAAUUCAUUAAAAGUGGAUUGUGAAUUGAAUGGGGAUGAAAAAUACUUGGAUCAUCAAGGUCGGUAUCAAGGUAUUGCAUACUAUGCUGUUGAUGUAUCUGGAAAUAAAGAAUUGUGUCGUAAUGUCGUUCAUUUUGUUAAUGAUACACUUAAUCAAAAGUUUGACACUGAUAAAACUCCCGAGGAGAAUGGUGUGUUUUUCACUCACUCCAGAAAACAUUUCCUAACCUUUGAACCGAAAGAAGCUAGUUUGUUUAGUCAGGGAGCAAUGUUUUUCCACUGGUUGGGUACUAACAAGUUUUGUCCUGGAUGUGGUCAUCCAACAAUACCUAUCCAUGCCGGUGGUAAAUUGUAUUGUACAAAUGAAGAGACUGUCACCAGCUCUAGAUCCAACAGUCACGAUGCUACCAUUGCUGCCACUUCAGCCACUUCAGCCACUAAUGCUUCCAGUGAGAAACCGGAUGCAAAAUCUGUUUGCCCUGUGAAGAGCGCGCCAGUGUCAAAUGUAUCAUUCCCGAGGACUGACAUGGCGGUAAUAUCAAUAAUCACCAAUAGGGAAAGAUCCAAGAUCUUGCUCUCAUUGGGGAAAAGACACUUUUCAUCCAAAAUGUACUCCUGUACUGCCGGUUUCAUGGAACCUAGUGAAACGGUGGAGGUAGCCACCAAAAGAGAGAUUUGGGAAGAGACGGGAGUCACUUGUGAUGAAGUUAAUGUUGUAAUGACCCAACCAUGGCCAUUCCCUCUGAAUUUGAUGAUUGGAUGUAUUGGAAUUGUCGACUUUAAUGGGUCUAAUGAGUUGAUACAUUUGGGUCAUGAUAACGAAUUGUUGGAUGCUAGAUGGUUUGAUACUUCGUUUGUACGUAGCUUGAUAUAUCCUGAACGUGUCAGUGAGGCGGAUAGAGAUUUCAACCCGGAGGGAAUCAUGGUGCCUAUGGGACAAUCGAUUGCGUACAAUUUGAUCAAAAUGUGUGUUGAUUAUGAAGAAGAUCAGAAUAAAGAGGAGUAUAAGUUGUAA